AUGGGCAAUGCUUGUAAUACGCGUCGUAUGAUACCAUCGAUACCGACAAAUUAUAGUGGAAAACCAUGGCAACAAAUUCUGUACAAUACAACAAUACAAGGAAUAGGAACUGCAACUACUGGUGAUCUUUAUCUAUUUCUGAGUGAUAAUCGAACUCAUGCAGGUUAGCAUUCACUGCAUACAUACUAAAUUAUGAAGAGUUUCAUUCGAAUUCGAGCAAGAUUAUCAUCCAUCUUGACCAAAUGAUUUUCUUAAAAAGACUCAAAUAUAUGUGUAUAGCAGUGUUCAGACAGAGAUUACGCCCAAUCUUGGAUAAGAGAAAACGUUUCCUUUAAAACUUGAAUUAGUCUUUCGAUCAAUGCCGGAUUUGCAUUCCUGUUGAUAAGAUGCGUUGAAACGAUGUCUUUCCACUUGAUACAAUAGCCAUUUGAUCAAAUAAGUUUAGAAUUCGUAGAGUUAUGGGUAUUUUUAUGCACGAAAACAUCUUUUAUGGAAAACCCUCCAUAACUAUUCGACUCAAAACUUAGUUUUUCGGUUGAGAAUUGUAAUCUUUUAGAUGACUUUGUUUCAUCACAGUUCAGCAAGAGCCCAAGUCGAACUUCGAUCUAGAAACUGAUUCAUGUUUUAAAGAAAAUUUUUCCGUCUAUCUGAUAAUAGACUUAUUCAUUCUCAAUCUUCAAGAUUCGCCUACACUGUAAAAAAAAUCCGCAGAAUAAUCAACCCUUGUACUUCAAAAAAUUUUUCUUAAACUCUUGAAAGGUUCACCUCAGCAACAUAUACUCUUCAAGAGGUUUUGAAUCAAAGAGUUUAUGACGCAUAUUGAAGAACUUACUAUUUAACGUUUCCAUCAGGAAGAUUUAUUAUUCCCAACGCAAAGAUAUAUUACUGUGUGCUUUCACCUAGAUUAUUUAUUAUUCCACACGUAGAGAUAGAUUAUUCCUCGUUUCCAUUAGAAGAAUUUAUUCUUCUAUGUUCAAGGAUAGAUUAUUCUACAUAUCUAACACAAUAUCGAUAGGAGAAAAAAUAGACGAAAGUGUGUGUGUGAGUGGAAAGAGUUUGU